AAGGUGAUACGAAAGAAAGGAUCAAGCCAACGGGAGAGGUGGAUUUCUUAUUUGAAAUUUUUGUUUUAAAUAACCGUUUGGAGAACUUAAGGUGGAUAUUCUUUUUUUGCCUUUCACUUUCUGCUUUAACCCAACGCCAUCCUAAAAUCCGUGGCCAAAAAUGCCACAAACGACACCAUUUGUCGGCAAGUACAGCCCCAAUCCAUACAGCAGCAGUCACACACACUACCAGCCUCUGGAGGAGAGCUAUGGGGGUUUGCAUUACCAUGACAACAACCUUGUGUCAGGGUCACUGGAGGCUCUUAUACAGCAUCUUGUCCCAACAGUGGACUAUUUCCCAGAUAGGUCAUAUAUCUUCACCUUCCUGCUAAGCUCCCGCCUUUUCCUGCAUCCCGUUGAACUCAUGUCCAGAGUGUGCUACUUGUGUGUGGAGCAUCAGAGAGUGGGUGACCCUCAAACAGAUAAGAAAAGAAUUCGGGAAGUAGCACCGAAAAUAGUACAACUGCUGACUGAAUGGACCGAGACGUUUCCAUAUGACUUCAGAGAUGAGCGUAUGAUGCGUUGCCUAAAGGAGAUGACCCAUCGCUUGGCCUUUGGAGAUGAGCUCUCACGGAGGGCCAUGCAGAAACUGAUUCAGCGUCUACUACGCAAGCUGACCACGCUCGGCCAGUAUGAAGAGUCACUGGUUACGACCAACGCUGCUGCCUCCGAGAAACCGGCAGCCCUGAAAGCAAAGCAGCAGUCAGUGCGAAAGGAUGACGUUCUGAGUGUGUGUGAUGACCCCUUUGUCCUUGCCCAGCAACUUACACACAUUGAGAUGGAGAAACUAAGCUACAUCGGCCCUGAGGAGUUUGUCCAAGCUUUUGCUCAGAAGAGACCUAUGGAGAACCAUAAAGGUUUCUUCAGCAAGCGGAGGGCAAAUAAUCUGGAAGCCUAUGUUGAGUGGUUCAACAGACUGAGUUACCUUGUGGCAACAGAAAUUUGCCUACCUGUGAAGAAGAAGCACAGAGCUCGAGUCUUAGAGUUCUUCAUAGACGUUGCAAGAGAAUGCUUCAACAUUGGCAACUUCAACUCCCUCAUGGCCAUUAUCACGGGGAUGAAUAUGGGUCCUGUGUCCAGACUGAAGAAGACAUGGGGCAAGGUCAACACAGACAAAUUUGACAUCUUGGAGCAUCAGAUGGACCCUUCUGGUAACUUCUAUAACUAUCGUACCGCAUUGCGUGGUGCCACACAGAGGGCUUUGACAGCACACAGCAGUAGAGAAAAGAUUGUCAUUCCAUUCUUCAGCUUGUUCAUCAAGGAUAUCUAUUUCCUUAAUGAAGGAUGUGUGAGCAGGCUGCCCAAUGGUCACAUCAACUUUGAAAAGUUUUGGGAGCUGGCCAAGCAAGUGAGCGAGUUUCUCUCAUGGAGACAGGUGGUGUGCCCCUUUGAGAGAGACCGGAAAACCCUGCAGUAUCUUAUCAGUGCACCCAUCUUCUCAGAGGAUGAGCUGCAACUGGCCUCAUACGAGAGCGAGGGCCCAGAGAACAACAUUGAGAGGGAUACGCGCCGGUCCCUAAGGGCUAAUGUUCUUUAUCGUAGGUCUGGGAGUGUGUCUAACAACUGGUCUGAAAUUUAUGGAUUUGUGGAGCAGCUCACUAGUCGUUUUGUGAGUCCCAAAAUGAGGGUGUCUUUCAUAGUUUUCUCCUCCAGGGCAGAAAUCAUUCUGCCCCUUACAGGAAACAGAGAUGAAAUAAACAAUGGCUUGGAGGAGCUGAGUAAAAUAAGGCCAGCUGGUGAAACAUACAUGCAUGCAGGUAUGGCAAAGGCUAUAGAACAAAUGAAAGCUCAAAACACUAAGGCAUCAAGUAUUAUUAUUGCCUUGACUGAUGGGAAGUUGGAGGCCUACCCGCACGAACUGACAGUGAAGGAGGCUGAUGCUGCCAGAAUGUAUGGUGCACGGAUUUACUGUGUUGGCGUCAAGGACUUUGAUGGAGAGCAACUCACAGGCAUUGCUGACAGUAAAGAUCAAGUAUUCCCAGUGCUGGCAGGUUUCCAAGCACUCAAAACUAUAGUGAACUCGAUUUUAAAGAAAUCCUGUAUUGAGAUUUUUAAAGUAGAACCUUCCAGCAUUUGUGUAAAUGAUUCUUUCAACAUUGUCCUGAGAGGCCAGGGUUUCACCCAGGGGAGGACUUCAGAGGGAGUGGUCUGCACUCUGUCUGUCAAUCACCAGGAGCCUUAUAAUGUGAAGCCAAGUGUUGUUCAGAAUAGUUAUGUCCUGUGUCCAGCGCCGCUGUUGCACGAGGUUGGACAAUCAAUUGAUGUGAUGAUCAGCUUGAACAAUGGCCAGUCCUUCAUUUCAAGUCCAAUCACUAUCUAUGCCACUACAUGUUCUCAUGGGACAGUGGUAGCUGUGGUGAUCUUGGUGUUGCUGAUACUGGUGGGCCUGGGUGUAUUGUGGUGGUUCUGGCCAUUGUGCUGCACCGUUGUGAUCAGAGAUCCCCCUCCCUCUCGGCCUCCCCCUCCGCCCCCAGUGCCUGAGCCAGAGGAAGACCCAUUGCCCAAGAAAAAGUGGCCUACAGUAGAUGCAUCUUACUAUGGAGGAAGAGGAGCAGGAGGAAUCAAACGCAUGGAGGUUCGCUGGGGAGAGAAAGGUUCCACAGAAGAAGGGGCACGGCUAGAGAAAGCCAAGAAUGCAGUGGUCACAAUGCCAGAGGAGGUAGAAGAACCUAUUAUAAGAAAACCACCUCCCAGACCACCCCCUGUUUAUCAACCUCAACCCCAACCCAAAUGGUAUACACCCAUUAAGGGCCGUUUUGAUGCUCUGUUGGCAUUGCUGAGGCGACAGUAUGAUCGAGUUGCUGUGAUGAGACCCACAGCAGAGGACAGCGGCCGGUGUAUCAAAUUUACUCGGAUUCAGCAGCAUUAGGUCAAACGUGUCCCUCUGAAAUGUCUGAAGUGUCUGCUGUUGCACUCUGCGUGCUGUUGCAUGUACAAUGACCCGGAGAGCUGAAAAGGAGUGUGUGUUGUUGCACUUUGCUUUUUAUCUUUCUAAAUUUUUACUUUUGACACUGCUGUGAUGGUUCCCAUACUGUGUGAUGCCUUUCUUGGUCAGGGCUUUGAAUGGGUGCUUUGUAACCUUAAAUUAUGAAUGACACUUGAUUGUUAGACUAUCAUGGCAGUCAGAUUGUCAACUAUUUUUAAUUGGAUACAUGUGCCUUCAUACACCAUUUAUGGUCUUUUCUGUAUGUGGUUAUAAUAUUAUGUUUUGUCAACAUAACUGUGCCUUCUUAACAGAAACAUCUAAACAUUACAUCUAUGAAGGUAAUAAUGAAUUAUUACAAAGAUAUCAAGGACUAAUAAGGUUGGGACUACAUGUUUUGUUAAAGGGAGACAGGCAGCUAGUGUGAUAUAUGACAUAAACUGUAUCAUUUAACAUUUGGUCUAAUAAUUUACUCAUUAAUAACAAAUGUUGUUGGUGCAUACAGUUGUUAUUUAUGGUAACAGGUUUACCAUGGCUCAAUGGAUAGAAAUCUCUUGAACAUGAGCUAGAUAGGAUUUUACAUAAUUUGACGGAAAAGAGACUAACAAGUUGUAAUUUUCUUAUAAAUUAUGUUAACGAACCUUUAAUUUUUUGUCAUUAUUAGGAGCUCUUUGAUAUUAAAUGAUUAUAUAUCAGUCUGGAACAUAUCUGUCCUUCAGUUUUAUGUUUGUUACAGUUAUGAGAAUAUGUCUGAAUAUUUAAAGGGAUGGGAGGGUAAAAUAAUAUUGGAGUCUGGCUUUUGCAUUAAGACUAGCAAUCUAAGGCUUAAUUCCAAGCUCGCUGUCUGUCCAUGUAAUCCUAUGCAUGAAUGGAAUAGUGAUGGUGCACAGAAUCUCACAGAAUGUUAUCACUUUUUAUUGGAUAAUAAACAAAUGAA